GAAACUACAGACUGAGUGCGCUUCACUGCGAUAUUACACGACUAGUAAUUAGUAAUUCCUUUGAUAGCGUUUUUUUUUUUUUUUGUACCGAAUUCCCUGUACACCAUUACAAACAACAGCAGCAUCGACGUCUUUCGCGUGACGGCGAAUCAGAAAUCAACGGACGAGAUGUAACGUGGACACGACUGUUUUUCGAUUCGAUCGCAACAGCCGAUCGCGGACGCCCUGGGGCUGCACAAAACUCAGUCCUGUCUGUUCGACGGUUUCCAAACAUCUCCAGAAAAAUAUCUGAUGUCCGUCGUAUUGCUCACGUCCAACUCUGUCGCUAAAUAAUGAAAAUGAGCGACGAAACACCAGUCAGUUCUCUGGUUCUACCAGUAUUGAUCAGGCCGAUUUUGUCUCAGUUAGAGAAACGCAACGUUUCUGCGUCUCAAACUUUACGGUCAGCAUUGUUUAAAACUGAAAAUACUCAUCCAGGGUUUGCAUAUAAUUUGGUUGCUGGCAUAAUGAAACAAGGUGAUAUUAGUAUUAAUAUGAAUGAGAGUGUUUUGAGACUUCAAGGCACAGUUUCUGAUCUAGAAGGUGGAGAAUAUAGAUUAAAUAGAUCUGAAGAUGCAUUUCAAGAGUUGAAUAAAAAAUCUAUGGCUUUAAAAAGAAUAUUAAGCCGCAUACCAGAUGAAAUCAAUGAUCGUAAAACCUUUUUGGAAACAAUUAAAGAGAUAGCUAGUGCUAUAAAAAAAUUACUUGAUGCAGUGAAUGAAGUAUCUGCAUAUAUUCCAGGGCCUAGUAACAAACAAGCAUUAGAACAGAGAAAACGCGAGUUUGUGAAGUAUUCCAAACGGUUCAGUAAUACACUAAAAGAUUACUUCAAAGAAGGACAGUAA